AUGAUUCUUCUAUGCACUUAUGCAGAGUAAAAAAAUCAAAACCCAACAAUCAAUGAUUAUUCUAUUUCAAUUCUCAAUUUUAUCAAAACUAACAAAAACUGUUUGACAAAUUCGUUUUUCUGUGGCUUCCUCUAAUCAUCUUUAUCUUUCAAAAAAAAAUAUUAUAUAUAUAUAAUUCACAAUUUAUGUGGCCAGAUAUUAUUUUUUCCUUCCACAAAGCGUUGCCUUGAAAAUCACGAGGAAUUUAUUUGCGCCACCAAAGAGACAAAACACAAUUUUUAUUUAUUUUUUUUUAGUUUCUUGUCGGUUUCCAAGGGUUUUUGUUUAGGGUUUUCAUUUUUUUUUUCCAAUCUAUCUAAUCCUCUGUUUCUCCACAUCAAAAAAAAUGAGAGACGAAUUCGUGAUAAUGGGUUCGUUGAAGGAAAGUCAAAGAAGAGACAUGGACGAAGAUGAAUCAAAGGAGCCGCUUUUGAUGGCACAGAACCAGAGAUUCACUAUGUUCCCCAUUAGGUACAAAUCGAUUUGGGAGAUGUAUAAGAAGGCUGAAGCCAGUUUUUGGACUGCUGAAGAGGUUGAUCUUUCCACUGAUGUGCAACAAUGGGAAGCUUUGACGGAUUCUGAGAAACAUUUUAUCAGCCAUGUUCUGGCUUUUUUCGCAGCGUCAGAUGGUAUUGUAUUGGAGAAUUUGGCUGCUAGAUUCUUGAAUGAUGUCCAAGUUCCAGAGGCUCGUGCUUUCUAUGGGUUUCAAAUAGCCAUGGAGAACAUUCAUUCGGAGAUGUACAGCUUACUUCUGGAGACAUUCUUAAAGGACUCGAAGGAGAAGGAUAGAUUGUUCAAUGCUAUCGAAACCAUUCCUUGUAUCUCCAAGAAGGCAAAAUGGUGUUUAGAUUGGAUUCAAAGUCCUAUGUCAUUUGCUGUGAGGUUGGUUGCUUUUGCAUGCGUCGAAGGAAUCUUCUUCUCAGGAAGUUUCUGUGCCAUCUUCUGGCUUAAGAAGAGGGGUCUUAUGCCGGGUUUGACCUUCUCAAACGAGCUUAUAUCGAGAGACGAGGGGCUCCACUGUGACUUUGCGUGUCUCUUGUACAGUUUGCUGCAGAAGCAGCUUCCGUUGGAGAAAGUUUAUCAGAUUGUUCACGAGGCAGUGGAAAUUGAGACAGAGUUUGUCUGCAAGGCACUUCCAUGUGAUCUGAUCGGAAUGAACUCAAACCUCAUGAGUCAAUACAUACAAUUUGUCGCUGACCGUCUUCUGGUUACCUUGGGAUGUGAAAGGAGAUACAAAGCAGAAAAUCCAUUUGACUGGAUGGAGUUCAUUUCUCUGCAAGGAAAGACAAACUUCUUUGAGAAGAGAGUUGGAGAGUAUCAGAAGGCAUCCGUUAUGUCGAACCUCCAAAAUGGAAGCAAGAACUACGAAUUCACGACUGAAGAGGACUUCUGAAUGAAACCCCCAUCGAAUCUGGAAGGGCUCAUCAAAGUUAGAUUCUUUACGAGUCAUCAUUCUUUUAGCCCAAAACCAGUAGUAGUAGUAGUAGUAAUAGAAGAGGCCAUAUUUUGACUUCACUUAGCAAAGGAUGUUAUUUAUGUUCUCUAUUUCACUAUCACUUAUGUCUUCUCCAUUGUGUAAUAUUAACAUCGUAGUUAAAUCAAAUCU